AUGGCGUCCCUACACCAGCUGGGUGCUCGCCACAUCCAGAACAUGAGCGAGGCCAAAUCCCUCGAGCCUCAUUGGGGAUACGCAGACCGAGCCGUCCCUUGCACAAACGACAAGGGCUCUUGCGAGUAUCUCGAUCUCGUCUACUAUGCUCACGACCUGGGUAUGCUCUAUACGGGCAUUUUCUGGGGUACCAUCCUCGCCAUCCUCUUCGUCUGGGGUAUCCUCCGACAUGUCGGCCGGCCGUCGGCUCCGCCUACCAUCUCAAAUAUGAACCCCAAGGCCGGUUUCGCCAAGGUUCGUCGCAGCAUCGCUGCCAUGACGCGCAAAUACUUGCUCCCGGACGCUGCUCGUAUCGUCUUUGGCCGCACUACUCGCCUUCAGGUCGUCAUCCUGCUCACGCUUCUGGGCUAUCUGACUAUCUGGACUUUCGUGGGCAUGUCCUAUCGCAAAUGGAUCACUCCCGUCAAGGACAUGCCGGGCACUUACAACACCCGCACGACUCUCGGCCCCUGGUCCGACCGUAUCGGUACUCUAGCGUAUGCCUUGACACCUCUCUCUAUCCUUCUGUCCAGCCGAGAGUCGAUCCUCUCCCUCAUCACUGGCGUCCCUUACCAGAGCUUCAACUUUUUGCACCGAUGGUCGGGCUACAUCAUCUUUAUCCAGAGCGCUCUCCACACCAUUGCUUGGUGCAUCGUCGAGAUUCGCCUGUACCAGCCCCAGCCUUCAGUUGGUCUCGAAUGGAUCGUUCAGACUUACAUGAUUUGGGGCAUUGUGGCCAUGAUUCUGCUCACUCUGCUCGUCCUAGGAAGCACCCCUUGGGGCAUCCGUCUGACAGGCUAUGAGUUUUUCCGCAAGUCUCACUACGUCCUAGCCAUGGUUUACAUCGGUGCUUGCUGGGCUCACUGGAAGGCCCUCAAGUGCUUCCUCCUCCCCGCCCUCCUGUUGUGGUUCGUCGACCGCGGUUUUCGAUUCCUUCGAUCCGCCUAUCUGCACUAUCACCAUCUCCCCAACGGUAGCAUGGGCUUCCGGGCUUCCCAGGCCGUCAUCACCCGUUUCCCCGACCCCGAGCAUGGUGAUAUCCUGCGACUCGACCUUGAGAACAACCAGGACCCAUGGCAAGUUGGCCAGCAUUACUACCUCUGCUUCACCGAGAGCAGCAUCUGGCAGUCCCACCCUUUCACGCCCUUGAAUGCUCCUAUCGUUGAGAAGGGCGUUGUGAAGCACUCUUACAUCAUGCGUGCUAAGAAGGGCGAGACUAAGAAGGUGGCCGAGCUGGCGGCCAAGAAGCUGGAGAACUCUGAGAAGGCAACCACAUCUGUGAUCCUCACUGGUGGAUAUGGUGAAGAGACUAUGGACGAGGUCGCCCCCGACACUAACAUUAUGUGUGUCGCCGGUGGCACUGGUAUCGCCUAUGUGCUCCCCGUGCUCCUCGAACUCGCACGAUCACCCAUCUCCCGAGACCGAAAGAUUGAGCUCGUCUGGGCCAUUCGCCAUGCCGCUGAUGCUGAAUGGGUCCACGAGGAGAUGGAGCUUCUCCAACAGGCCCGAAAGGCCCUGAACCUGAAGAUCCGAGUGUACGCGACACGAGACGCUGGUAGCGGGCCCCUGCCUCGAGAGAAGGACGACAAGGCCGCGACCGACGGCGCCAUGCAGGUUGGCUCAUCAUCAUCGUCGGACGUGGACGAGGACUGCGCGUGCGGCACUGAUGUCCCCGUCGCAAAGAUCGGCCAUGGCACCGUUGACGAGGACCGACACCCCAACCUUCCCAAGCUCGUCAAGGACUUUGUGAGCACUACAGUCAGAGGUCCCACGACCGUUUUCGCCAGCGGCCCUGGAGGCAUGAUCAGCGACCUGCGGACGAUUGUGGCCGGGUGCAACUCCGGCAGUAAGGUAUGGAAGGGCGAGGAGCGAUUCGACGUCAAGCUGGUGUGCGACGACCGACUGGAAUGGUAG